UUACCAACGGAUGACGCACGCAAAUAGGGGAAUCCCCGAGUCUAUACAACCACGUGAUCAAUAAAAAGCCUCAUAACAGUGUCGCAGAAAUGUUGCACAAUCAGUUUCGUCAGCCGUUGAACUCGACUCCGUCGGAAUAUUGCGUUCAAAUACUGAAUUAAUCGACAGGAAUACCUGCUUCCGAGAAAUCAGUGGAAUGAGCAAGCUCCAAAGUUGAAUUUACUCUGAACGCAGAAUUUACAAGGUGCUAGGUGUUUCUACGGAGUUAAUUGCUGAGUUAGCAUCUCUCUGUACUUCAGCCACCAGGGGUCAGUGUGUUACAGGUUGAAGACAAACGUAUCCAGAACAGGCUGUAGAACAAGACAUGAAGAUCCUCGCCGAGGAAAUUCUUGUACUGCUACAAGUGCUACCAUGGAUGAUAUUAUCUGCCGUAGGAAAACCCUUAACAGGUUGUUCACAGACAUCAGAAAUUGAACUCUAUGACCCCACUGAUCCGGGAGCUAAGACUAUGUGCAGAAAAUGUCCUGAGUGUCCCGAAGGUCAAGGAUUGACCCCACAGUGUGGUGGCAGGGUUCCAAACAACACCAAAAUAGUAUGUACACUAUGCCAGGCAAAUGUGUCAUACUCCAACAGCCAUGGCAUAGAAAGUUGCAAGGCUUGCCAUGAAUGCGGUUUAAAGAAUGUAAUUCAGAACUGCACACCGGACAAAAAUCGCAAAUGUGGAACUAAGUGUCCCCAAGGUUACUUUCUUGAUGACAAUGAUAUCUGCCAGGAAUGCUAUUUUUGCUGCGACAGUGUCAAUGACGCCCAAAGACGUCAAGGAUGCAUAGACAUUGGAAUGAGCAGGAAUUGGCAGUGUGAAAAAACUGAGCAAAAUCAGCGCUGUAAAGAAACCUUUGAAAAAGUGACAACUAAGCAAACUGACACAGAACCGGCUGUCCCUCCUAAUCAUAGUACCAUAACUGAGAAACAUGACAUUGUUAAGUCUGUUAAAACCCAUGGUCAAGUUAAUGACAAAUUUGCCACUACUUUGCCACAUCAACCUGGCAGAAAUCUUACUGGGUCACAAAUUUUAUCAGUUGAUGGAAGUACACCUACAACAAUUCGAGGGAGGACAAAAUUGGCAGUGUUACCUGAAAAUGAUGAUUCUGAAAAUACAGCCCAAUCACCAAAAAAAGACAAGGAACAAGAAGAACAUGGAGCUGUAGAUUUAAGAGUUGUUAUAGGAGUUGUGAUUAUCAUCACCAUUAUCUUGGCACUGGCCCUAAUAACCUCAAAACGCAUAAACCAGUUUUGCCGGUUUUCAGGGACCAAUAAAACAAAACUGGCAGAUAAUCCUGAAUUGAUACCACUGAACUCCAUCUGUGAACCUACAGAUUCAGGCCGUGCAUCUCCUCAAGAUAACAACUUAACUGAAGAGUAUGAGGAGUCUGGCAAGGACAUUUGCAAACCAAAUCCAGCAGACAUUCCUGAAGGUUGUCGCAUCUCUGAGAUGGAACAGCUGUGUGACAAUGAAGGUAACUUGAUGUUAUUCAUCAUUCAAAACAAGCUUGAUGCCCUCAGAACUCCCACUCGUAAAACAUGGCGCAGCGUUGGACAACUUCUACAAGUCAGCUCUGAGGAUUUGGACUUGAUAGAGACUGAUUAUAUGGCAGGGAGAAGUCCUACAGAAAGCCUGCUGGCAAAAUUAAAAAAUCAUAAGAAGGAACCCACAAUGAGGGAGUUUGUUAAAGCCCUUACUAUUUGUGGCAGACAUGAUGUAGCAGAUCUCAUCUGCAAUUGGCCAUGGGCAAAAUAUUUUGUACCAAUUCAACCACAGUGAGAACCAAUGUGAUAUGGCUCAGUAGGCAGCAGCCAGAGGCAAUGAAGUUCAAGUUGGUGAAAUAAAUCUUUCGAUAGAAAGUUGACCGUGACACAACAAAAGCAGUUGGUCAAAGGACACCUGGUUACAAAAUCCCAGAAUGAAGCAAAGAAAAGUGACACUUCAGCCAGCAGGAAACCUAUCUCGUGCCCUCAACCUUCGAUCAACAAUCACUGAAAAAGUGACUGGCAGCAAUAAAGCAGUUGCAAAGGGUGUUCAAACCCAAUGGUCUUUGCAAAAAUAGAGCUUCAUUGCUCUUUAUUGCAGUCAAUACAUAAAAUCCCACUGUAAUUCUUUAACACAAAUUGUAUGGUAUUGGAGUUUACCAACAGCGGUAUAAUUUAUGACGUACAUGUAGGUUUAUCAUUAACUAGCUCAUGGACAUUAAUGCUUGAUCAUGUGAUAGCUCAUCAGUUCUAUUCAGACAGCAUUCUAGCUUAGUUGUUUACCCACCCACCCACCCCGUGGGCCACAUCGUUUCAAGGUGCGCCUUCGGUUGCCCCCCCCUCGAUGUGGCUUACAGCUGUAGCUAUUUCCGGCAAACAAAGGUUACUCAAGAUAUUGUAUAUAGUUGUUGUUUAUUUGAUCGUGUGAUUGCGUUACAGGUAGAAUUAUGCUACAAGCACUAUUUUAGUCAGACUCUUGAACUUGUCUAAUGGACAUUUGUUAUACUGAAUACUUGCAGCUUUCUUAGCUUAUAAAUCGCAACAUAAUGUUCUUAGUUUUGAAGUUGUAGCCUUCAAACUAUUUUACCACUGAAAGGAUUCUGAGCAUACGUCUAGAGAUUUCCAAAAAAACUUUUCAAACAUUUCACUUCCAGGAUGUUUUUCCAAGCAUAACACAAUUGUUUUCCCUCAAGAUUGCCUAAUUGGGGCAAGGGCACCAUCAUUUACAUACACUAUCCUUUUCUCGCUUUGGUGAGAGUUAAUACUGUAUUUUUGAGAACAUGUCAGGUACACAAUAUAAAUUAUAACGGUUAGGAUGGCCCACAUCAUUUUAGCUGCAUUUAAUAUUCGUAAAUGAAAUUAUUCAUUGCAUAUCUUAUCACUAUUGUUAUAAGCUAUUCAAAUUAUUUCUUGUUUUUACUUCUAUAUUAAUUUUACUCCCAUAUCAUAUCUAUCACUAUUAUUACUAGCUAUUCCAGACUUAUUUCUUUUUUUUAAUUGUAUAUUUACUCCAAUAUCAUAUCUAUCACUAUUAUUACUAGCUAUUCCAGACUUCUGCUUGUUUUAAAAUGUUUAAUUUGUUUAUUCCUAGGUUAGGACUCAUUAUUAUUCUGUGCC